UAUGUAUUUCAUUUCAGCACAGAAAGUGAUCUCGACAAUCCCUUUCGACCUGAUGGAGACCUGAGUCGAGAAGCUGAAACUAUUGUCAGUCUCAUUAAGGAAGGAAAGCCUAUUACACCUACAAAGAUGGAGACAGAUGAUUCCGGACUUGGAGAUAUAGUUAAUUCUCCAUUAGAUAGUAUGGAGCCUCUCAUUUCACCUGUCCAAGCCAAUGACGUAAAUUCUGCCAAGUCUGGUAUCAAUGGAAAAGCUCCAACUGAUAAAACUCCUCUAGAACCUGGAGUUGUGGAAGUACAACAUGGAAUUGUCGCACCUUCUGAUACACAACAAGUGGAACCAGUAGUGAUUAAGAAGAACCCAAAAUGCAAAUGUUGUGUGAUCCAAUAGGGAGAUGCCUAUGUGGACUGUUGAAGUUGGUUGUGCGUGAAUGCUCAUCAAGGAUAACAGUCCGUAUACGAGUUAGAAUAAACUGUUUUAAAUAAGAAACCAGCUGACUUUCAAAACAACUUGAUAUUUCUUCAAACUUUGGCAGCUUCUUCAGGGUGGUUACACUUCACUCUGGAAAUAUUUCAGUUAUAGAGUACAUAUUACACUUCACUCUGAAAAUAUUUCAGUUAUGGUACAUAUUACACUUCACUCUGGAAAUAUUUUAGUUAUACAGUACAUAUUACACUUCACUCUGAAAAUAUUUUAGUUAUACGGUACAUAUUACACUUCACUCUGGAAAUAUUUUAGUUAUACAGUACAUAUUACACUUCACUCUGGAAAUAUUUUAGUUAUACGGUAUAUAUUACACGUCACUCUGGAAAUAUUUUAGUUAUACGGUACAUAUUACACUUCACUCUGGAAAUAUUUUAGUUAUACAGUACAUAUUACACGUCACUCUGGAAAUAUUUUAGUUAUACAGUACAUGCAACGUUAAAAUCAUCUCUCUCUCUGUUUAAGUUGUACCGUUGUUGUACUAAAUGUUUUUGUGCCUUUCAUCUCGUCCACUUUCAGAUUAGCAGUGAAGUGACUGGAACGGAUGGCAUAAAAUAAAAGGCUAAUUUUGUACAUUUCACGUUCUUGCUACAUGUUGAAAAAAAUGUAUUACUUGGCUAGAACAGUGAAUUUUUCUACAGAAUCUUCCAAUAAUUGUGUGAUAGAGAAACUGGGGUUCAUAAGAAGAGGCCGUUUGGUUGGACUGUUAAAUGUUCAAACAACCUUUUGAGGGCUUAGCAACAGAUUCAAAAAAUCAAAUUUUUUUGUAUGUUCGUGUUGGUUGCAUUUUGCAUUUCUCUUCUAUAGUUCAAACUCAAAUUAGGUUACUCUUAACCAUUAAGUUUGAAACCAGAGAAUAUAAAAUGUUAUUUUUCAACGUGUAGAAACUAAACUAGCUGUAAAGAAACACACGUUUCCAUGCUUUCAUUUCAGUCGUACAUUUAUAUAUAUUACUGUAAGUAGAACCAUGAAAGUAGCAUUAUAAAUUGACUACAGUAUUUUAAAAGAGAUAUGAACUCCAAAAAAAAAAGACUGAUUCAAUUUUUUAUUAACAGAAAGCUAUAGAAUUAGUGCUAUACAGCUGUGGCAGCUAAACUGUCGACAUGAAAUAUUAGCACCUGAGUAAUAAAUAGUCUAGGUCAGAAACAUAACUGUAUCUUCACCGUUACAGACUUAUUGUGUCUGUUGCUAGACUUGCGUGCUAAAGUCGAACGUAAAGAAGAGCUUAAGUGUGCUCACAAUUGCAGACUUACAUCUGAAAGUGAUAUGCUAGAAUUUGCUUGAUGCUUUUACAGAUCCAGUAGAUUUUAUAAGCUAAUUAUAAGUUAGCGUAGGCGGCUAGAAUGGAUUUUGGCUUAGAAAUUCUGUUGUUUAUUGCAGUGCUCUUUCAGCAUGUAAUCUUAUUUAUAUACUGUCUAAUACGGACAAUAUGUAUGUCGUCCACUUGCAAAAAUGUCCUGUAUAUAACGUACGACUUUUAGCCAGUAUUCUACUUUGGCUGUUUUGCAGAAAUAAUGUAUUUCCAAA